AUGGGAGAACACUCGGACCUCAAGACUAUGGAAACGCACCUCGGAAGUGACACCAUCCCAAACACACCGCUGCCUACCCUCGAACGACAAGGAUUGAAAGGCCGUCCGACCCUCUCAUCUACCGAAGUCGUGUCAAUUGCAGAAACGUGGUUAUCCUCCUUGGCCAAAGCGGCAACUGCGGCAUCGUCUUCUCCUUCGGAAGCUGCCUCUGAUGUCCUCGCACUUCUCAACCCUUCGGAUGCCUGGUGGCGCGAUCUGCUCGCGUUAACCUGGGAUAUGCGCACCUUUUCAGGAUCAGAAAAAAUCAGGACGUUCCUGGAGGCGUGCUUACCAAAAUCCAACAUCCACGAUGUGCGCUUAAGGGAUGGGUGCACGUUCUACCAGACACCGUUCCCGGACGUCGUCUGGAUUAGCCUGAUCUUCGACUUCAAGGUCAGAGAGGGCAAGCAGGAGGGUGUGGGGAUGGGCAUCUCUCGCCUCGUACCCGUUCCUAAAGCUGAAGGUCAAGAUAAAGAGUUAGAAUGGAAAGCCCACACAGUAUUCACGAACCUCGAGUCCUUCUGCGCGUUUCCAGAGCAUAUCGGCCCUCUGCGCAACUCCCAACCCAACCAUGGCAAAUGGGCCACCCAACGAGAGCGAGAAGCUCUCUUCGCUGACGCCGACGCAGAUUUGAGUGCUCCUCCUAGGCCGUAUCUCGAUGGCAGUCCUCAGGUACUCGUUAUUGGAGGAGGCCAGAGUGGAUUGGACAUCGCCGCGAGGUUGAAGGCGUUAGGAGUUAUUGCGCUCAUUGUAGAAAAAAAUGCACGCAUAGGUGAUAACUGGAGGUCCAGAUAUGAUGCCUUGUGCCUUCAUGACCCCGUAUGGUACGAUCACCCGCCAUAUCUCCCAUUCCCUUCAACGUGGCCUGUAUACACACCAGCACUCAAGCUUGCGAAUUGGCUCGAGUAUUACGCUGAAGCACUCGAGCUGAACGUCUGGACUUCUUCGAACAUCACCUCGCUCAGCCAGGAUACAGAAACCUCGAAAUGGACCGCCUUUAUCAACAAGGAUGGCGUUCAGAGAAGACUCUUGGUCAACCAUGUCGUCUUUUGCACGGGCUCGGGCGUUGGCUCCGCGAACACUCCGGUGUAUCCAGGACGGGACAAGUUCAAAGGCGAAAUACUGCACUCGACUCAACACAAACGUGCCCUCGAUCACACAGACCAGAAGGUAGUCGUUGUCGGGGCCUGUAACUCAGCCCAUGACAUUGCGGUCGACUACUGCGAACAUGGUGUCGAUGUAACGAUGUUCCAGCGCGGCUCGACGUACGUUAUGUCAACAAAAAAUGGCUGGGACAUCCUCUUCAAGGGUCUCUAUUCGGAGGAUGGACCACCAGUCGACCUAGCCGACCGUAUCGUCGCCUCUUUUCCUCACCAUAUGGGCGUAGGCCUCAACCAACGUAGUGCCAGGCAUAUUGCUAAUCUCGACAAAGACCUCCUCAAGUCUCUUCACAAAGUUGGUUUCCGUACGAACUUGGGUAUCCAUGAUUCGGGAUUUUCUCUGUUAGCUUGGACCAAAGGGGGCGGAUAUUACUUUGACACCGGAGCCAGCAAGCUCAUCGCCGAGGGUCAGAUCAAGCUGAAGAGCGAUAGCGUAAUCAAGUCCUACACUUCUCGCGGAUUGCUGUUCGAGAAUGGCACCGAGCUGGAGGCGGAUGUCAUUGUCUGGGCUACUGGCCUGGGCAACCCGGUUGAUGCCAUAGCCCAUAUCUGCAGCUCCUCUGUCUCCAGUGCUUGCAAGAGCGUUUGGGGCCUGAAUAGCGAGGGCGAGAUUAAUGGCGCUUGGAGAGACCUCGGCGUCAAGGGUCUGUGGUUCAUGAUCGGGAAUCUCGCAUUAUGCAGGUUUCACUCGAGUCAUUUGGGGUUGCAAAUCAAGGCGAUCGAGGAGGGCGUCUUCGGUCAACGAUAUGCCCUGGAAAAAUAG